UCUCGACAGCUUCACUUUUCAAAAGCUCUAGGAUUUGGGAUGGAGGUGUUGGCAAAACUUGCCUUCCAUAAGGGCACGAAAAGCCAAGCUUUGCCAACUCGUCCGCCACACGAUUUUAAGGAUUUAUUUUUGUUCUUUAGUUAGUUGGGAAACACUUCAAAAGACAUAAGGGAAAAGAAUAGCCCAUCACGACAAAUGGACCACCAUUAGGCUAUUUCCUCCCCAGAAAUAAAACAAGCAAAAGUAAACGAUGAUCCAAGUCCAAUAAAAAGUGGUGGCCCGCACUACCCAAAAUUUCACAUCCGAAAUUGAUCUUGGCAGUCAGUAUCAGAAUCUUCAUAUUGGCAUUCUCUCUCUGAAGUUCCGAAAGUCAGAUCAACAAUUUCCAUUUCAUCCAAAUCUCCACUUCCUUUUUCCCUAUCCAGAUUCACCGAAACGAGCCAUCUUCAUCCCUCCAUUACUUAAAAAUCUCUUUUACAGUUAUCUUCGAGAAAUUGAACAAAUAUUAGUAUCACUUUUCCCUCAAUUCACUCUGUACUUUUUUUUUUUUUCCCGAGAUAUGAAGGAUGAUGAUUCGUUACCAGUAUCGACGCCCACCUCCACAUCAUCAAUCCCGUUAAAAAAGGAAAUCAGCUCCUCCGCCGCCGCCGCCGAUCAUUCCUCCGUUCUAUUUGGCAGAGGCCGGUAUAAGUUUUGGGCAUUUGCCGCCAUUUUAUUACUCGCGUUCUGGUCUAUGGUUACCGGCACUGUCACUCUCCGAUGGUCUGCAGCUAACCUCAACGACCUUUCCGACCGGGACUCUCUUGACUUCCCUCUCCCAGAUGAUCUCGACGUUCUGGAAAUGGAGGAGAGGGAGAAGUUGGUAAGGAAAAUGUGGGAUGUGUAUACUUCUAAUGGUAGACGGAUCGGAUUGGCCAAAUAUUGGGAAGAUGCCUUUAAGUCGGCUUAUGAGGAGAUGACCAGUGAGGUCCCCGGAGUCCAGGACGCUGCUGUUUCCGAGAUCGCUAAGAUGUCUCUUCGCAGUAUUCGUCUUGAGCCCCCUCCUUCUAAUCCUUUGGACAUGCGGAAAAUGAAGACAAGUAUAGCAAGGAAACAGCUUAAUGAGAACAGCGGAGAAUAGGACACGUCACGCUUAUCCUGGCCUGCAAUGUUACAAAUGUCGAUUCUUUUAUAGAGAAUUCAUUCUAUACCAUUUGACGCCCCUUGUCAGUUAAUGAUGUAGAAGAUGGGAGAAUUUUUUCUCGGCUCCUUGCCCUUUCUGCGUAGGCAUGAACACAUGAUUAUUGCUUUUUUUUUUAGUUGGUGAAUAUAUGGAAUUACGAACAUCAUUUUUUUAUUGAUUCAGGUGAAAGGAGUUUCUCUUUGUUAGUAGAUACUAGAUAGAUUAAUGGAAAGGUGAACAUCAUUAUUUUGAUUCAUUUCAGGAAAGGGAUUUUUCAUCUUUGUAGAGGAUAGAUUGGAAAGAUGAUUAUUUCAGGGGCAGGUUUCAACUGCCUUGUGAUUUCCAUUCUGUUUGAAGUGUCCAAUGAUUCAGAGUAAUAUGCUCAACUUCCUCUGUUGCAUACCUUGCACUGUGGAAGUAGAUUUUUGAUGAAAUUAGUGUUUUACCUUUUUCUGAUGUUAUUUAUACCAGUCAGCGACAGCAUUGUCAUUGGGUUUGUACAGGCAAAUAUCUUGAAAGAUUUCUUUUAUGUUGAAAUACUUGGAAUAUGCUCUUUUGGAGGUAC